UGUUUUCUCUUCUAUCGUCAUGAGUCACAGUAACAUAACUCCAGCAAACUCAGAUGUAAUCCAGAAGGUUUACGGUCAUCUGGAAAAUGCUCAUAGGCUGAUAUUGAAAAAGUAAUACUUCCUAAAUAAAAUAAUGGUGGUAAUAGUAUAUUAUAUAUUUUUUUUACCCUCAAUGCUUAACUUUUAAUGCAUCUGCGUCUAGCCUACUUUCACUUUCAGUCUCUCUCGUAGGGGACUUGCUAAACCGGGAAAAUGGAAACUAUCGGUGUGCCACAAAAGAUCCCAGAGGAAUAUGUCAACAAAAUCACAGAGGCAGUCCAGUCUACAAGCCCUGAGAAAAUCCCUCAACAGUUUAUGACUUUACUGAAACUUUAUGAUCGAUUCAAGAUGGACGUAGCUGUGACAGGAGAUUCUGGCUCAGGAAAAUCUACACUCAUCAAUGCUCUCAUUGGGCUGGAUCAUGAUGCUAGAGGAGCUGCACCAACAGGAGUUGUGGAGACCACAAUGGAACCUGCACUGUAUCAGUAUCCAAACUGCCCCCAAGUGAGACUGUGGGACCUUCCAGGGAUGGGCACACCCUCUUUUACAUCAAAGAGUUAUGUGGAGACAAUAAACUUUAGUCUCUAUGACAUGUUUUUUGUAGUGAUAUCUGAACGAUUUAGAGAAAACAACAUGCUUCUGAUUGAUGAAAUAUGUAAACAAAAGAAGCCCUUUUAUGUUAUUAGAACAAAAGUAGACAACGACUUGCGUGCACAGAGUAGGAAACAAAACUUCACUGAAACUGGUGCUUUAACUGUCAUGAGAGAUGAAUGUUUAAAAUAUGUAGAAGAGAAAAACCUGCACCCCCAUAUCUUCUUAGUGUCAGCCCAUGAUACACAGAACUAUGAAAUGCAGAACCUUAAAGACACUUUUGAGAAAGAGGCUUCAGAGCUCAAAAGAGAAGUUUUUUCCUGUUUCCUGAUGAGUUUGUUCAGUGGAGGCAUGAGGAAAGAAAGGACUAUAAUGCACCGUCAUUUGCAGAGUGGGAAAAUCAGUGAAAAGGAAGUAUUGGACUUAAGAACUUUCUGGAAAUGUUUUGACGCUGCAAAUGGAACUGAAACACUUAUGACAAUAUUGGAGGCUCUAGAGCACUUUCAGCUUGAUGUGGCUAUUUUAGGGGAGACAGGAUCUGGGGUAACUACUCUUCUGAAUGGCCUAAUGGGACAGCGGAAUGGUGCCUUUAGCUCAAUACUUGCCGAAAUGCCAGCAACAAGUCCUCAGUACCCAAAUGUCAGAUUUUGGGCUAUGUCAGGAAUAGAGAACAUUAUGGCCAACUCAUUGGAAGGGAUGGAAGAAAUGUUGGAUAAUUUUGAUUUCUAUGUGCUUAUUGUGACUGAGUGGAAGAAGGCACACCACAUAGACCUUGCAAGAGUUGUUCAAAAGUUACGGAAGAAGUACCACUUUGUCCAGACAAAGAUUGACUGCUAUUUGCAGGCCCAAGAAGAUUUGUGUUGUUCUGCGACUGAGAUUCAGGAUGGGUUUCGAGCCCAGUGUGCUGAGGAGCUUCAGAUCGCAAAAGUUGAAAAUUUGCAACUGUUUCUCAUAAACAGCUUAGACAGAAAUGCCUUUGACUUUGUCAGUCUGGAGAGUGUACUGGGCAGUGACCUGGACACUAUAAGGACAAGUGCUUUUGGAUAUUAUGUUGACAGAAUUGUGAGAAACAAAAAGCAAGCACAGAGCACUUGUCAGAUACUAUAGCUGCUUGACUGUCUCUGAGCUGUUUUUUUUCAGUGACUGCAUACCAUUUUUGAAAAAAAAAAGUGAAAUAGCAGUAUGUGAGAAAUGACAACUUUUACAUAGGUACUUGAAGUCUAGUAACUAUCUUGCUGACAUUCAUUUGUGGUAUUCAGAGUGAAGAAAUUCAUAGGUACUUUUCCCCCACAGAGGGGACCAGACAUAUAUUGAAAUAUACAGUACCUGUACUUAAAUAUGAAGCAUAACUUAAAAGCAUAUGCCAAAAUGCAGAAUAGCAAUAGAAGGUAUCUUCAAUUACACUACAAGUAUCAGUGUUAUUACCUACUUGAUCAUACAUUGGUCUUAAGGUGCAUUCACACAUACAGCGGCUCGCAGCGACAAAGCAACCGGAGACCAUUUAUUUUCAGUGGCAAUGGCGACCAUUGUCUGACUUGUCGCUGAUUUGGUGCCCGGGAACGAGCAGCACCAAGCCAGAUACUUCGAAACACAGAGGUCACGGCCGAAGAGCUACGGUCUGCCUCUCGGAACAUACAGUGAAUGCAGCUCACUUACUGAGAUAGGAACUACACCGGGAUUUUCCUCAAUUGCAACAAAAAGUGAGUGUUUCAUUAUUAUUAUUUUCUUUUAAAAGCGCUCAGAAUAUAAGCUAAGCUAAGCUAAUUGGCGCUUGCGCUUUUGCCGCAGAUAGAUGGCCGCAGUGGCAAAGAGCACACACUUCUUCUCCUGUAUGUUGUAGGAUAUGGUGCAUACAUACACUGGUGAAUUUUAUCUAAGAUCGCUUUCUCUCCAGAAUGUUUAAUUUUAGUAGCAAGAAAACUGGUUUGUUGUCAAAAGUGGAAUGUUAGUUGCCCCACCCAUGUUACUAUGGCAACCAGUAGUAGGAACACCUACUGGGGACUUCAUACUGGAGGCUACAGCCUAGAGAUUGCUGAGGAUGGUACCGCUUGAAGUAUCAUGAAAUAGUUUUGGACCUCAAUUCCACAAGGACAUUCUCGCUGUGGUUGUUCGGACUAUGGUUUCUGCUAUGGCCUUGAGACUGCAAUUACCACAUGCAGUUUUGCACUCAGGUUUCUUUAGUGAACAGUGGACUAGUUAAACAAAGACUUCAUGUAAAAACCAUAAUGAACUUUCUUUUACUUUCACACUAUCCGUUCUUGCCCAGGUGAGGAUGGGUUCCCUUCUGAGUCUGGUUCCUCUCAAGGUUUCUUCAUCAUAUCAUCUUAGUGAGUUUUUCCUUGCCACUGUUGCCACUGGCUUGCUCAAUAGGGAUAAAUUCUGUAAAGCUGCUUUGAGACAAUGUCCACUGUAAAAAGCGCUAUACAAAUAAAAUUGAAAAAUUUAAAUUCAGUGACUGGCGGCGCAGCGAUAAAAUCACUGUGUGUGUGAAUGUACCUUUACACUUACUGAAACAUAUCCUGUUGUCUUGUACUUCUUACAACCUAGGACUGUGUCAAUACAGACUACCUCAUACCACAGUAACUGGAUUUACAAGUUGCAUUUACAAUCAAGGAAAGUCAUCACAGGGAGUGAAACUUGUCACCUCCAUGUUGUUCUGCUUUUGAUGCAGGUCCAAAAUCACAAAUUAUUGUGUUUGUUUUCCUUAAGCAUCUUGUAUUGCUCUCUUUUUUAAACUCUGAUUGUUUGAUAUGUGUAUGGUAAGGCUUUGUAUUUUGUAUACCAAAAGUGUAUAUUUUGUUACGCUGCAGUUACCAUGCAAUACAAGCUAUGUUUGUCUACUGUUGUUACUUUUUUUGCUGUUGAUGAUGAUUAUUAUAAGUGCUAUUAGAUACUUAUUUUAUUAAAAAAUGAAUCAGGGGGCAUAACCCAAGGGUCCCCCCAGUUCAA